AUGACGGUCCUUGAGGACCGGGUUAAUGAAGAGGCAACGGAAUGCUCCAAGCAGAAGAAGGAAUAUCGAAUCAUUCUACCACGUCUACCAACAGGUAUGCUCGUCAAAAACUCCCUUUUCUUGCAUGCGGAUAAGUCCGGAAGACCGUACAAGGCAACAGAUUUCAAAGAAGUUCUUUUUUCAAUAAUUGACCGGAAAGAUCUCGUAGCCUUAGGUCCUUUCCAAAUGAGUCGUUUGACCCGAUUUGUAACACUAGUACUCAAGGAUCACCUCUCGGUUGAUAAGGUC